GCCUUGUGCAGCUGCCUGUCAACAAGAUGGCCUUCCUCCCCACUGCUGUUCUGACUCCGAUUAUUUUGGUUGUUGAGAGCAUACAGUAAAGAAAGGGUUGUGUAAUAUUUAAGCAACGCAGGCAGAUGAAAUAGGGAGAGUGUGAAACAAAACCAGGACCAGUAUCAAUAUGUGUGCAAUCAAAAUAUUGCCAUUACAUAUUGGUAUUAACAUUACGGUUUAGAUAAUACUCUGCUGCCAGCUACGUGGACACGUAAAAGAUAACCAAAGUCACCUGCACCCCCAUCCUUACUACACAAGUCUGAUUCCUCGGUCACUUCUUGAGAGGCUACCGGUACUGUCAGUGACAGGUCAAGAACUUGCGGAUCUACAGGUUGUAUGUCCUCUCCCUGCGACGGUGUCCGCCGGCUGGGGCAGAGGGAAUGAGAGGCCCGGCGCGCCGCAGCUGGCCAGCCUAGACGCCGCCGACAUGCUCUCCUCCGUGCCGUGAUGGACAGAGACACCUUCUCCCACAUCCGGCUGUGGUGCCCGCGGCCCUUCGGCACCUACUCCCAGAACAAGCCCCGCGGCACGGGGGUCGGAGGCGCGGCGUCCCUCUGCAAGGCCGACGCCGCGGGGCGCACGCUGCUGGACGACGGGGGGGAUGCGGAGGACCGGGCCGGCGGAGAGGAUGCCGGCUCUGAGAACACGCCGCCGGAAGCCGAACCACCGACCCCGCCGGCACCUCCUCCCCCCACCCCUCCCCCCAGCGGCGGCACUCAGAUGGAGGACGGCAGGGUGCUGCUGGACACCUGGUAUGUCAUCAAGCCUGGCAACACCAAGGAGAAGAUCGCCUUCUUUGUGGCCCACCAGUUCAGCGGGGCAGGCCUGCCCCGACCCAGCGCCAUGAAGGUCAAGGGGAACUGGGCCACGGACUGCACCAAGGCCAAGCGGCGGCGGCGCUGCUCCUCCUACGACCCGCCCGCCCGGGCCCAGGCCCACGUCGCCCCCGAACCCUCGCCGGCGGUGGUGCCCGCCCCGGAGGGCGGAGCGAGCGAGACGGACCUGCUGUCCGUGGCGGAGAUGGUUGCCCUGGUGGAGCAGCGUACGGCUAUGGCGCUGCAGGGCAUGGUAGGGCAGACCGCCCCGCUGAACCCACAGCACACACUACUGCGGGGCACGCCCUCCGACCCCGUUGUGUUCCUGUCCGAGAGCCCCGGCGCCCCGCCCCCCCCCACGCACAGCGCCUCGGAGGAGGAGAGCGAGGAGGAGCAGCAGGAGUCGUGGCGUGUGGCCCAGGCGGUCGCUCAUUUUGAAUCCCAGCGGCAGCCCCUGGAGGACACAACGCUGAGGCCCACGGCGGGGCCGGACUCCUCCCAGAGGGAGCGGAGCGGGGACUCCCAUGGCCGAGGGGAAGUGAGGAUCGCAUUCCGGGUGUCCAGCCUGGACCCUCGAUCGCAGUCGGAGCCCGCGGGCCGGCCUCGCUGUAUGUUCAUGAGCUGCGGGGGAGGAGGGGGCCAGACGGGGGCGAGGUCCAAGGAGAAGAUCACCUGUGACCUCUACCAGCUGGUCAGCCCUUCGUCACGAGACCCCAGCCUUCUGCUGGCUGGCUCCCCGAAGGCCGACCCCCAUGGGGAGGGCCACGCGGAUCGGCCCACCUCCAGCAGCCCCGACCCCAGCGCUGACCUCAGCGUUGGGGACAAGAAGCCCGCGGUCCGCGAGCGGGUGACUGGCUUCCACGUGGAGGUGGUGGUCACCGGGGCGGUGGACCAGUGUGUGUUCUACGGUAAGGACAGCACGGAGAACGUGCAGGAGGAGACGGUGUGUUUCGCCAUGCCCGGCGGGACCAGCCCGGCCGACAGCUCCGAGGACCCGCCUCCCGGACAGCUGUUCUUUCUGCAGCCCCAGAGGGGCUCGGAUGAGGGCACCGGCGGCAGCAGUGGAAUGUGCUCCUUGGACUGCGUCAAUAACAACGGCCCGGCGGGGGCCGCCGCCGACCGGCCAGACUCGCCGCUCGCCGGCGCGGAGGACCGCUCGGACCCGUCCCUGUGCCGCCUCUACCGACACGUCUCGCACGACUUCCUCGAGAUCCGCUUCCAGAUCCAGAGGCUGCUGGAGCCCCGCCAGUACAUGCUGCUGCUGCCCGACCACAUCAUGGUGAACAUCUUCAGCUACCUGCCCACGCGCUCGCUGGCCGCCCUCAAGUGCACCUGCUACGACUUCAAAGUCCUGAUCGAGACCUACGGCGUGCGCGCCACCGAUUCGCGGUGGAACCAGGACCCGCUGUACCGCGACGACCCCUGCAAGCAGUGCAAGCGGCAGUACGAGCGGGGUGACGUGUCGCUGUGCCGCUGGCACCCCAAACCUUACCACCACGACCUGCCUUACGGACGCUCCUACUGGAUGUGCUGCCGGCGCACCGACAAGGACACGCCGGGGUGCCGUGUCGGUCUGCACGACAACAACUGGGUGCUGCAGCCCUGCGAACUGGUGCAGACCCGUGCCAAGAGGGAGGAUGGGAGGUAAAGGUGCCCCUCCUCCCUCUGGGUCAUGGUGCCCCUCCAAUUUUCCCUCUUGGUCACCCCACCCCCCAGGGGGGGCUCACAAAAGACCCUUUUUCUCUGCCCACUGUCACCCUGUCCUGAGAUCAUAACAGUCGACUAUCUGCCUACAGAGUGUGUUGGUCUUUGAAUUGUGCUUCAAGAUGGGGGGGGGGGGGGGGGGGUCCUGCUGGAGGCGUGGCUGCAUGGGGCCCAAUGCUCAACGUUUCUGCCUAUUGCCGGUCAAAUGACCCCCAGAAACGGCAGGCACUGACUGAAAGUUUAAUGAACGAGACUCUGGUGUGCGUGUAGAGAGAAAGCUAGUUGAUGUCACUUUGCAAAGGCCUGAUGUCACUUUGUACCAAUGUUUUGACUGCUUGUUGUCUUUAUUUUGUGCGCAAGAGAAUGUUUGCUGUUGUCCCGUGUUUUGGUUUUUUUGAGGACUGUGUUCUCCUGUCACCUCUUCCAGAUGAUUUUAAUCCCUAUUUUAAUUUUUAGCCCCUCCUCCCCAAUCCCCUCUUGAGUUCCAUGUUCCCGUUAGUCAGCAGAGAAUAGUCUUUGCCAAAGCCAUCAUUUGCUUCAGCGUGGGUGAAAAUAAACAUGGACCAUAGAACUACACCAGCUACCAGCCUUAACCCCAACUGGUUCCAGCUCACACUCCCAAGAACCUGACACACAGAAUAGAGAACUAUGUUGACUCCUUUUGAAUGGGUAUGGGGAAACCGUAGUAGGUUUCAGUUGUACAAAGCUAAUGGGAAUAUCUGCUCCUCAAAUAAAUACGUGAUUGAAACCGGAAUAUGACCUGAA